AUGGACGGCGAAAAAGCCCAGCAGCGAACUGAUCUCGAGAAGGGGGGUUUGCGAGUCUCCGAGUCUGCCCUUGUCUCUGCGACUCCGCCCCUAGGACCUACACGAAACUUGGCUAGUGUUUCUCGAACUGAACGACCACGGGGUGGUGUGCGCCGACUUCUUGUGCUCCUUGCGAUUGCUGGAUUUGUUUUUCAUGCUACCACUAGGGUGCUCAAGCAUGCUGAGGACGGAGUUACAUUCAGAAGACAGUCUCAUGCCUUUGUUUAUUCAGGGAAUGCCGAGCAUGGGCUGUAUGGGAAGAAAGCGGAGGACCUAUCCCUAACCAUCCCCAACGAAGCAAGCGCACUGGCCGUCGCCCGACAAUAUGCUACCAAAGCCCAUCGCGCAGGUUCCUCAGGCGACCUCAGAACCGCGAAAGACUUUUUAUCCCUCCUCCAAACCGAACUCUCCAUCCCUCCGCCCGCCGCCCUUCCCAUAUUUCCCGCUGGGACCGAUGCCUCCCGUAACGCGACAUUAUCAAUCCCAACCCUUACGGAACCCAAUGCCUGGAUCGACGUGUAUUAUCCGAUCAUGAAUACGCCGUUGGAUAGGAGCUUGCAGAUCCUUGGAGAGGAUGGGGAGACUGUGGAGUGGAGUGCGGAGUUGGAGGAGGUGCCGGAUGAGGCGGAUGAGGAUGCUUGGGGGGCAAGGGACGAGGUUCCGGCGUUUCAUGGGUUUAGUAGGGGAGGGGAGGUUGAGGGAAAGUUGGUUUAUGUGAAUUAUGGGACGAAGACCGAUUAUGAUGCACUUGUUGAGAAAGGCGUGAACCUUACUGGGACUAUCGCUAUCGCUCGUGCCGGUGUAAAUCUGCGUGGUAUGAAGAUCAAGCGCGCGGAAGAGCUGGGUGCUGUUGGUUGUCUGAUAUACACAGACCCGAGAGAUGACGGCUCGGUCAGCGUAGAAAACGGUUAUAAGGCCUAUCCCCACGGCCCUGCACGCAACCCGGACUCCGUCGAACGCGGCUCAGUAGAUAUUCCCAUCUCGUGGGCUAACGCAAAAGUCCUCUUGAAGGAGAUCGAGGAAGGAGGGCCAAAUAGGACGGUGAAGCUCGUGAACCAUGUAAACAACACGAUCAUGCCUAUCUGGAAUACAAUGGGCGUGAUCCCUGGACAUUUGACAGAUGAAGUGAUCGUUGUAGGCAAUCACCGAGAUGCAUGGGUGCUUGGUGCUGGUGACCCCACUUCCGGCACCGCCUCAGUUGCUGAGAUCAUUCGAGGCUUCGGCGUUCUUCUGAAAGCUGGCUGGAAGCCUAUGAGGACCAUAGUCUUCGCGAGCUGGGAUGCUGAAGAGUACGGGGCUGUUGGUAGUACGGAAUGGGGUGAAGACUUCAAGGAUUGGAUCGACGAACAUGUCGUCGCAUACCUAAAUCUUGACGUUUCUGUCCUUGGCUCACGCUUUGAGGCACAGGCAUCUCCCUCUCUAGCCCACUUUGUGCGCUCCACCGCUCAGGAGAUCACCCAUCCUACGGACCCCACUCGCACUCUUUGGGACGCACGCACCGACAACGGUCCCUAUUAUCAACCCGGCGACGAACUGGUCCAUGCACAGGCCGACGAGAGAAUGAAGACCGCGGAGGGUACCAUCGGUGUUGGCUACUUCGGUUCCGGGAGCGAUUUUAUCGUGUUCUUGCAGCAUAUUGGGGUUGCGAGCACGAACUAUGCAUUCAUGGGUGCACCAGGCGACGCCGUAUACCACUUACAUUCCAUCUUCGAUUCUGUGCGGUGGCUAGAGCUUUAUGGCGAUCCGGGAUUCUCGCGCCAUGUCGCGAUGGCGAAGUAUCUCGGGCUGCAGAUUCUCCGAAUGGCGGAUUUGACGAUCUUGCCGUUCAAUACGACGCAUUAUGCGUUCGACCUUGAGGCUCAGCUCGAGAGGCAUGUUUUUCGCCUCUUAGUCGAGCUUUUGGCGGACGAAUUUGCUAUUACUGUCGAUUUUGCUCCAUUGCGUUCGACGAUUCAUGAACUUCAACUUGCGAGUAUCGAGUUGGACAAGGCUAAGGUCAAGGCGGAGGCUCGUUUAGAUCAUCUCGUUCGCAGGUGGCAUAGGAGAGUGGCGCGCAAGCAAUGGUUGAAGAAGGUGUGGAGGAAAAUCAAGGGGAUCUUCAAAGGCGACAGAGAUGAUGAUAGCAGUGAGGAUGACGGGAAGGAGCUGCUCGCUGGGCGCUCAUGCGCGAAAGACAUGCAUGCCGGUGGCGCGAUGCUGAAAGACCACACUUAUAUGCAUAUGCGGGUGCCUGGCAGGAAGUUCGCGAAGGCUGCGAGGGAGGUGCAAAAAAUCAAUCAUAAACUCGCGUCAUUUGAGCGUGGGUUUAUCGUCGAGGAUGGGCUCGUCGGCAGGGAAUGGUACAAGAACAUAGCGAUCGCACCUGCAAAAUUGGAUGGGUACGCAGCGGCACCGUUACCCGCUUUGACGGAAGCGAUCACGAUUGAGGGGAAUGCGACGUUGGCGACGGCGGAGGCGGAGAGGCUUCAGCGGGCGGUUGCGUUGAUUGCAAAGUCUCUGCAAAUUUAAGAUGCAGAAAUACUGUUGUCGUGAUCAUAUGUUAUUCG